GCAGCGAAGAUCGACAUGAAGAACCAAAGCAAACCCAUCCUCUUUUCUGCUUUUUCCCUCUUCUUUCUUCUUGCGCUGUGGAGCACAGCAACAUCAUCCAUGACCGUAGAAGUUGAGGAUGAGAGAGAGUUCGAUUACACAGCCGGGAGCGAGAAGGGACCGAUGCACUGGGGGAAGCUGAGGAAAGAGUGGGAAGCGUGCAACAACGGCGAAAUGCAGUCGCCAAUCGACCUGUCAAGCUGGAGAGUGAAGGUGAUUCCCAAGCUGGGGGAGAUAGAGAGGAGCUACAAGUCUUCCAAUGCGACCCUCAAGAACAGAGGCCACGACAUUUCUCUUCAAUGGGACGUGGGAAGUGUUGGAUCAAUUAAAAUUAAUGGCACUGAAUAUUUUCUCCAACAAUGUCACUGGCAUUCCCCUUCCGAGCAUACCAUUAACGGCACAAGGUAUGAAUUGGAGCUACACAUGGUUCAUGUAAGCACAGACUCAGACGUUGAGAACAAGAUUGCUGUCGUUGGGCUCUUCUACGGGACUGGCCAGCCAGAUGCUUUCCUUUCCAAGAUGCCCCCAAUUGUGAGGGAUGUGUGUCCAAUUGGUGUUUCAGUUAACGGAGAAUCUACGGUCCAUGGUUGA